CACACUACAAAAUACAUGUGGGCGGGGCUCCACAUCCGGGGACUUCUGCUGACCCCUGAGGUGACCCUGUAGGAUCGCAAACAUGGCGGAGCCCUCCCUUGGUAAUUCAAGCCCAGGGGGUUCAGUAGGUUCCGAUGACCACGAUUUUGACCCUUCGGCAGAGAUGCUUGUUCACGACUUUGAUGACGAGCGAACCCUGGAUGAGGAGGAACUGAUGGAGACAACAGAGGACACCCAUGCAAAUGAGAUUGAAGAUCUUGCGCGGGAGGGUGAAAUGCCCAUUCACGAGCUGCUGAGUUUGUACGGUUACGGAGGUGGAUCGACAGCAGAUGAGGACGAUGAAGAAGAAGAGGAGGAGGCAGAAGAGGAAGAAGAAGAAGAUGAAGAGGACGAUGAGGAAGAAGAGCUAGACAAUGACGAGAGCAGCAGAAGCACAGAAGAGUUGAAGAGAAAUGAGAGUUUGGCCGAGAAGAACUCAACCGGACCAGUGAAUGUGACCAAGACGACGUCUGAGAUCCGCACGCGCUCAGUCAGAUCCCUUGGCACGGCAGAUAUGAUCCGAGCUCAGAAGUUAAUGUAUUUUGAGGGGAAUAAUGAUGCAGAAGAGGAGUCGGACGAAGAUGAGGACUAUGUUCCUUCGGAAGAUUGGAAAAAGGAAAUUAUGGUAGGCUCUAUGUAUCAGGCAGAGACCCCUGUGGGCCUGUGUAAAUAUAAGGAGAAUGAAAAAGUUUACGAAAACGACGACCAGUUAUUGUGGAACCCAGAGUGUCUUCCUGAAGGCAAAGUCGUGGAGUUUUUAACAGAAGCCUCUAGAAGAACAGGAGAAGAGAAGGGAGUGGACGCCAUUCCUGAGGGAUCUCAUAUCAAAGACAAUGAGCAGGCGUUAUAUGAGCUGGUGAAAUGUGACUUUGAUACAGAGGAAGCUUUAAGAAGAUUAAGGUUCAAUGUGAAAGCAGCCAGAGAAGAGAUUUCAGUGUGGACUGAAGAGGAAUGCAGAAAUUUUGAACAAGGACUCAAGUCUUACGGGAAAGACUUUAAUUUAAUACAGGCCAAUAAGGUGAGAACUAGGUCUGUAGGAGAUUGUGUGGCCUUUUAUUACAUGUGGAAGAAGUCUGAGCGUUAUGAUUUCUUUGCACAGCAAACCAGACUUGGGAAAAGAAAAUACAACCUUCAUCCUGGUGUCACAGACUACAUGGACAGGUUAUUAGAUGAGACGGAAAGCGCGACGUCCAGCAGAGCCGCCUCACCUCCUCCUAACACUUCAAGCAGCAGCACAAGCCACUCAGAGAAGGAGGACAGCAGCAGUCAAAACGGUAUCGCAGGUCACAUUUCCAACCACCCAAUAGAUGGCGCCACAUUGCCUUCAGUGAAACAAGUAAAACUAGAACCAGCUCAGUCCAACGGCCCCUCCAGCCUUAAGGUGGAACCUCCUCCAAUUUUGGACAACAACUCCAACGGCUGCAGCCAGCCCGCAGUCCAGACAUUCAGCCACGAUAGCAACGGGUCUCUGGAGCCCCUGCUAGAUCACAGAGACACAGUGGUGGUGACACAAGACAGACCGCCCAAGAAGUGCAGGAUGGAGACCGACCCGUUAGGCCAAAGUGAGGUGGAACCUCCCAGAGUGCAAGAGAACUGAAGGGUCCAGACCACCGGUGGUUUUUCACUUUAAAUGCUUUCCAGGAGGUUGGACAUAAACAUUCAGAUUUAAGACUGUAGCGCCUCCCUCUGGUCUGAAAGCACAACAUCAACUCCACCCAUCAAAUGACCGUCAACAAAGCUCAUCCCAAAGUACUGCAGCUCCACAACGUUAAACAUAAAAAAAAAACAAAAAAAACAACAUCCUGCCCCAUGUUUGGAGACUUAGAAAGAAAAAUCUUGCCAAGAAUUCUUUCUUUUCUUUAUACCCCUCGUUCUAUUUUUUACACAGAGAUAUUUAUAUUUUUAAACUAGAGAAAUCUAUAAUGGGUAAUUAACUGUUCAAGCCAUUUUUUAAAAAAAAAAUCUGAUGAGGCAGAUGUGUUUGUUUUUUUUUGUCUUAGCAGAUGAUGUUUGUCUUAAAGAGGCAGAGAGACAGGACAGGACAGGUCGGUCAAUGACGUCGUUGACUUGCCGAAGUUGCACUUUGAUUGUAUGGAAUUGUUCCUCAUUGUUACCUGAUCAGCGGCGGUGACAGGAAUUAAAAAAAAAAAAAACCCAAACAAACAAACAAACCCAGCAGACUUAACAUUUUCACUCCAGUCCACCUGUGCAGCCUCUGUCCUGGCUUGUUUGUACGUGAUAAAUAAACCGAUGGGCGUGUCCCCUCCCGCUGGUUUGUUUGUGUAAAGCAGCUGACAUCAGUGAUGUCCCGUAUACGAUAGUGUUAGAAGACGGCUGUAUUUUGAGAUUUUCAUAGUCGAUGCUUUGCUCAAGGCUUUGUUUCUACUAGACGGAAUGUCGCCGGUUUUUAAAUGUAAAGAUUGUAUAGAUUUCUUACCUUGGAUAGUUUUUUAAUACCACGUUUUUCUCUGGGGGUUUUUUUUUUCUGGUCUUCCUCGUAGGCUUUGCUUAUGUGGUUCUGAGAUGGAUGUAAUACUGUAUGUACCCAUUCCCCUGCCCCCCCCACCCUCCCCACCCACUCCCUUUGUUUGGCAGCACUUCUUAUUCCUGUUGCAGAUUCCUUAUUGUGCAUAAAAUUCCACUUUGUUAAUUGUGCCGCAUAUCGCGUCAUUUCAAACAUUACGUACUGUACCGUACCACAGCGUGCGGCCUCGGUACACGAGCUGUGCAGCCGAAUGAAUCAACGACAUUUUUUUUAACCUAAUGUUUUAAAAAAAUCAGUUUCUCUUUGAACAAUGUUAGUCCAUGUAGUCUCUCUUUCUCUCUCUGUUUGUUUUUAAUGUUUUUUUCGUUUAUGUACAUGACAUGAAUUAAAAUGAAAGGUAUACCAAGACUUGCUAUGGAUGGAAUAACAUUAGCUAUAUUUAAUAAAUGUAAUAAACAUG